CCUCUUACGAAAGCUAGCAUGCGGAAGUGUUGCCAGCGUGCUGGGCACGGACAUGUCACGGCAGGCAGGACGGCAGGGAACUUAGGGGGAGGGGUAACCAUAGGCAGCACGGAAACGAGACAUCGCGUAAAAUAGAUUCCCCAUGCGCUGGGCGCGGAGCCCGUAGCAAACGUAGCCGUUAGUUGCGUUGGUAGCUUCGAUCGAGUAGGAGCUCUUGUGUGGCGUAGGUUCGGUUAGGUGUUAAUGCAAUAAGAGCUCUAAAUUCACUGUACGUGCAACAGUGUAGUGAUCGCCGUCUCGCGGGAUAGAUCCAAUACAGCAUAAGUUUUGUGAAAAUUACAGCUCCACAAGGUUGAUAGCAGAAUAUUGUGCCAGCUCAAGUGUGUUGCGCAUUUUAUCGUCCCGUAAUUGUUAUCCAUCGAUUCAUCAGUGCCGACGGUGCAGUACGGUGUAGAUCUUGUAGAAAAGACAGUCAGCUUAACGGAUAGCGAACGUCUUCAAUCGUUGAUGCGCCUCAGCUGAUCUGCAGCGAGCAACUGUACACAAAGUCGACAAACCACACGGCACCGGGGAACGCGCAGACGAUGGCAGACAUUCCGCUAAUAUCCAUCACGCAGGAAUGCUCGGACGACGAGGAGCUGAGCACGUCCAGUGCGACGAACAAACUGAACAUCGAGGAUGCGCUGACCGACACCGAGGAUCUGAUGAUGGACGGGGCGGGCCAGCGGGAGCGAAAAAGUGCCUCCUCCAGCCCGAUCCCGCCCGAGCCCAACAGUCUGUCGCUGCUGGAAGCGUUGCAAAGUCCGCUGGCCGGCGCAGUAACGGACGUGGAAGACUGUAGCGAUACGUCCGACGAGGAGGAGCGCGACAAGAAGCCUACCCGCGAGGUGGACAUAUCGCUGGACGACUUUCUCGACCAGGGGUACGUGGACGAGAUGACCAAGUCGGACCAGCGCGGCGCAAAGCCGAAGAUACUGACCCGCUCCUGCUCGAAGGCGGCCGAGGGCCCGAGCAGCAAGAGCCUGAGGGUGUGCGCGGACGUGGCCGCUGCCCUGACCGACUGUGAGGACUGUGCGAUGUCCGGCGAGGACGGCGACACGAGCGUGGUGCCCGACUGUCCGGACGAUAUACUGAUGCGCCAGGACGCGGACAACGGCAUGGUGGACAUACACAAUGCGGUCCGGCGGCGCCAGGACAAACAUCUGCCCCGGGCGGAGCAACAGGCGGCACAGUCGAGCAGCUCCGACUCGGACGAGCCGGAGUGUAAGGUGGUCCGGCAUCGGAAGCCCCACCGGAAGGGAGUGGUCGAGCAGCGGUCCAACAUCUCCGACUGCGAGAACAUACUCGUGUCGGAGGAGGAAUCGUCCUCGCUGGCGAAGCCGGGCCCGGCCUCCGCAUUCGAGGCGGACGAGGUAACGAUGGAGGCGAGCGACCACGAGACGGAACAGUCCGUAACGUUUCCCGAGAUUAACAUUUGCUUCGUGACGGACGGCGACGCAGGCGACGAACCUGCCAAGCAGUGCUCGUCCCGCCCGUCCACCCUGACGGUAGGGCAGGCGAACGCGGACGAGGCGGUGACGGACGUGGAGAACUUGGACUCGUCCGACAGUGAGACCAGUGCGCCGCAGCGCAGCAAACGGCUCAUGCCGCGGGCAGUGGCCCGCGGUGGCAAGGGUGGCGGUCUGACCGACGUGGAAGACUUCAAUGCCAGCGACGAGGAGCAGGACGGCCAGUCGCCGCAGGACGUGGGCGGCGAGGAUCAUUCGUUUUUGCCGUCACCGACGCGUGAAAUUGCCAUCAUGCGGGGGAAUGGAUCGGGCGAGCAGACGGCGAACGUGAUGCCGCUGAACCACACCUAUCUGCUGGCGCGAACGCCCGACAUCGAGCAGGCGCUGACCGACUUCGAGGACCUGGCGGUGAACGACGACGAGAAGCUGUACGACGACGCGAAGUACACGAUCGAGGCGCUGCCCGAGAUGGACAACGAUACGGUGUACGCGAGCGAAAACACGCCCGCCCCGCCGAAACCGAACUGGCUCGACCAGGCGCACGAGCCGCUCACCGACACGGAGGACAUCUUUUUCGACCGAGCGGCCGGGCCCGGGCCGGGUGCAGCCGUCUCGUUCGGCAGCAACGAGCUGCGGCGCCGCCGCAAGCCCAAGGGCACCGCGGCCACCCAAUCGUACAAGGGCAAAACGUUUCUGGACACGAGCGCCACCGGGCAGGAGAACGGAUCGGCCACUGCCACCACCGACGUGGAGGAUCUGUAUCUGAGCGAUGACGAUGCUGCCGCCGUUUCGAGCUUCCCGCCGACGGACCGGUCGAAGCAGCGCCGGGCGACGAUACAGGUGCCGCCCCAGCACCACACCGGGGACAGUGCGAAAACCGACAUCGAGUACCUGUCCGGCGACGAGUACGUGUCAGACCGGACCGUCCCAUCGCCGACCGUCUGCCCGGACGGGUUCCACAGCACGAUCAAAUCGCGCGACCGGCUCGGCGGUGGCCGCUCGGGGCAGCAGGCGCUCGGCGUCCCCGGUUGCCCUGCGCCGACCAUCAGCCGAACGUCGCCCACGCCGGACGGGGCCAACUGUCACACGGACUGCGAAGAGAUACAGGGCGCCUCGGACGAGGAGGAGGAGACGAUGGAUGGUGCGUCAAAGCGCGACCCCGAACAGGAAAGUAUGGCACGAACCGCGACCCCGUUCGAGCUGCGGCGCGCACUGGACGAGAGCGGCAGUUGCGAAAUACACGACGCGCUCGUUGGCUCCACGCGGCGCCACCGCGAGGACCGGAAGCGUCCCCAGCCGAACGAUGGCCAGGAGAUGCCGACGGACGUGGAGUUUCUGGACGAGGACGGCGCGGUGGACGCGAUGCUACAAGACGAUUAAUGUUCGAACCGUUGCUUUUCGUCCCAUUACAGCUGCUGCAGUUCGAUGCAUAGAGAAGCGCAUGAGGGAACGGUAGGGCAACG